AUGCUCAUGCAGGACACGAGGUGUCGUCAACCCAAGAAGCGCGUUGGCGUGCAGCGUGGGCCCUUCUGCCGCGAACGGAGACGAGCGGCCGUGGUCUGCAGGGGCGGCCUCCAAGCACCCGGCAAGGCCUGCGAGCUUCCGCCGCCCCUAGUUAGCUCCAUUGAGCACCGCAAGCACAUGGUUUCAGCUAAGAUCGACUGGCUCAUCUAUUUUUAUGUCUACUUGAGCCUAGAAUGGGGACUUACCUUUGCCGCCUUCUUGUCGUUAGUGGUGUUGUUCCCCGUGGUGUUCCUGAUUGUCUCGUUAGGCCACAUUCUGGCAGGCAAAGGAAGCAAGCCUGUUACCAAGGAGGCCUUUAGGCCGUACGCUUGGCUCUUCAUUGCUGCUCUAUUUGCAUUGGGAGUGGCAAUUGCGUCCCUGACAGGAAGCGCGGCGCACUGCCUUUGGCCCAAAACAUGGAUUGAGUACAAAGGCCCGGUCAACCUCCCUGACCCAAACCAAGGGUUAAACCAGUACCUCGCGUCCAAGCUAGGCGAAGACAGUGUAGAUUUGCAGCUGUGCACGACAGAUAAUCUAGCGUUUUACAUUGGUUUUCAGGCCAGCUGUGCACGUGUUGGGGAGCCUUAUGGAGAGCUCAAGCCAGAUCUACAGAAGGCUGAGCACGAUGCUCACCCAUGCUCAGAGGACAACAAGAAACUGCUCUUUCUCUGUCUGGUUCUCGGGGCUAUCGGGACCGGUUCUAUGUUACUCUUUGCCGCAGAGAAGGGGUUUUGUAUAGUGAUGAAGAAUUCGAAGAUACGAAGCUUCAACUUCAAUCUCAAUAAGCCCCGGGUCACACCGGUGUCUUCUUCCAGGGAGGACGAAGCUGACGAGAUUUAA